CUGCCCGUGUCGCCCGCCGGGCUCGGGAGGGGGGGUUUGGUUGCUUUGCACCCAAAGCUGAUCUCGGCGCAGUAAAAGGAAGGAAGGAAACGACGACGACGAGAAGGAGGAGGAGGAGGAGGUGGUGUAGUAGUAAAGGCGAGUGAGUUCUCGCGAAUGGCGAGAUCUGUGAGGCGACUCGAGGCCGUCCCGUUGUCGAGUUAAAAGUCAGUUGGGAGCCGGAGCUGAAGCUCGGAUGGAAGGCGCGCCGCUCCUGGACGCAAUGGCCACCGCUGCUGCCGCCGCUGUCUGCUGCAACUGUUGUUAUUGAUGUUGUUAUGGCUGUGGGCGAGCAACAACGGAGCCGCCGCCGGAUCCGAACCGAGCAGCAGGAAGAAGAAGAAGCCGCCGCCGCCGCCACCACCACCACCUGCGCCGCCGCCAACCCCUCGCUUUAAAUGGACAUUAGCAACGCCACCACCACCGAAAGUGGGCGUCGGAGAAAAAAGCGUAGAAGAAACCCUCUGUGCCCCAUCCUCGGCAGCGCUGAGCGGCGGCAGCAACAACACCAGAAGCAAAAGAAGAAGGGCCUGAGCUGCGCCUCCUCCUCCUCCUCCUCGGCCGCCGCCGCCGCCUCCGCCGCCAUGAAUCCGGUGAACGCCACCAGUCUGUACGUCUCGACCUGCCGCUACAUCAUGCAGUGCGAACCGCAAGAGCCCGGCUCCUUCUCCGAUCUCUACAAAUUGCUGCCCUACCUGCGCCAGUCCCUCUCCUGCUGUGUCUGCGGAAACUUAUUGAAAGAUCCAAUUGCUCCAACAAACUCCACUUGUCAGCACUAUGUCUGCAAAGUCUGCAAAGGUAAAAAGAUGAUGAUGAAACCCUCCUGUAGCUGGUGUAAAGAUUAUGAGCGGUUUGAGGAAAAUAAACAGCUGAGCAUCCUGGUGUGCUGCUACAAGAAACUAUGUGAAUACAUAGCUGAAUCACCAAUUUCCGAACACCUUGCUACAGCUGUGGAUGGUGCUCCUGACAUCUUAACACUGUUGCAAGAAGGACUGUCGUUAGAUGACGGAAGGCAAGGGACCUCUGGUUCGGCUAAUACUUUACACUUGUCAAAUUCUCCACCACCCUCAAGCUCGGAAUGCAUCAAUGACCUGGAAAUGGCAGCACCUCAAGUCAUUGAAAGCACUCCUCCGGACAGCACGUUAGUCUCAAGCAAUGUUGAAAUGAUCUGCUCUAGUAUCAAUGGGUUGCCUGGUUGCAAUGGACUUGCUGCAGAUGAACUUGCUGUAAAUACUAUUUCUUCUGCAGAAAAUUCGGAUGGACUCCAUAUAUCCUCCACUGGAGAGGACUUCAAAGAUAUUGCAGUUUCUGACAGCUUGCAGAUAACCAGCAAAACUGUUUCUGUUGGCAGUCUGGAUAUAGUAGGAGCUGACGUUUGCAGUUAUAAUGAAGAUAUAAAGCCUAUUGGCUGUUUAUUACUCAGCAGUGAACAUGUAUUUCAAGAAACUGUUUCAAGCAAUCUUGAGGCCUGUAGCACUGAUUCACAACCCAUUUCUGAGGCAAGUGCAUCCAACGGACCUCAUAAAGAUGCCAAACCCACCUCCUUGCCUCCUAAAAGCAGUAUUUUUGUUUCUAGCAAUGCACCCCCUCAUGGUAAUCCCUGUGUAGCAGCCACACCGAAAAUUGUACGGGUGAAUCGGAAGCGCUCUCGAUCGGAGAGUGACAGUGAAAGAAUUCAGCCCCUGCCCAUUUCCAGCAUCAUACAUGGACCACCGCUGGGGGCUGCUACUCCUGUUCCCGCCAAACGAGAGACCAAGUUGUCCACGGAGACUGUUGUCACAGUGCCAAAUGGUGGCACACCAAAAGUGGGAAAGGCUUUGCUUACGGCCAGUAAAAGUGUUAAAAAGCAUGUAGAACACGGGGCAAAGAAAGCGCACUCAAAAGUAAAGCAGGGAACAACCAAAUCUAAAACUAAAGAGAAAGUUCACAGUAGUACUGUAAUGCCUGGCAGCCCAUCAAAAAUAGUGUACAAAAAACCCCAAGAGAAAAAGGGGUGCAAGUGUGGACGUGCUACACAAAACCCAAGUGUUCUUACAUGUCGUGGGCAACGGUGCCCUUGUUACUCAAAUCGCAAGGCCUGUUUGGACUGCAUUUGCCGUGGCUGCCAGAACUCCUACAUGGCCAACGGCGAGAAAAAGCUGGAGGCUUUUGCUGUGCCAGAAAAAGCCUUGGAGCAGACCAGGCUUACUGUGGGCAUCAGCUUAACCAGCAUCAGCAAUGUGGUGCGGAGUGCAAGCACGAGUGCGAGUGUCAUUAAUGUGACAACGGGGUCGCCCAUACCUACUUUCCUAGCUGCCAGUCCACGAGAGGACAAAAGCUUGGAGGAAACUAUUGACUAUAGAUAUGACUGUUAGAUUGGAAUUGAUCUGGUAGACCUUAGGCUCGUCUCUAUUAAUAGGGACAGCUACAACUUUAAGGCAGCUAUAGUUCUGUUUAAAAAAAACUUAGUUGAACUUGCCCUAGUCCUUUGGGUAUAGAUCACUUGAAAUAAAUGUUUGAUUAAUAGGCCUAGCUCCAAAAUGGGAAAUAGGCUAAUGUGUCUAAGUUGUAAUUAAUGAACUGUUGCAAGUGGUUUAUACUGAAUGAUCUUUGGCAAAAGAAAUUUGACCUCAUUGUUGCUGCUUAUGCAUUGUGCAUAAUCGCAAAAGGUAAAGGUGUAAUUUAAAGAACAGAAAAUGGUGAACUACAGUACGAACAGUUUAAAUUACAUGUAGAAUAUAAUGUCACUUUUUAUAUGCAGAUUAUUUUUGUGUUCUCUAAAUCAAAAUCAUUGGUUCUGUUUUAUUUUGGUAAUGUCAUUAGAUGACCCAAGAAUAUAUUUAAAACAAAAUGCCUCAUUAUUUUCUAAUGAAUGCAUUUGCAUGAUCAGUUGCACAAAGCAAAACACUCCCAUUACACCUGUGUAGUCACAGUUUCAAAUAGAAAUGAGGAUGACGCUUUAGACGCACAUGAUCUAUAUUUCUUUUCCCUCAGGUCUGCUAAUUUUAAUUAGAAGAGCUAUCUGGUGCUCAAUGUAUAAUCUUACCAUGGAUGGUGGUUGCUGGAAGACCCCACUCCACGCACGCACUCGGAUGCCUAAAAGAGGAUAUCGGUCCCAUCUUAAUGAAAAUGUGUACAGAUGAAGCUGCGUCUGCUCAGUUUUGCACAAAUGUGUCAACUGAUAUCAUUUAAUAUGGCCUAAGAAUACUUGGCGGAAGCAUUUCUGUUUAACAUCUGACCAGGCUGCUCAUAAAUUGUUGGAAGUAUAUGGGGUAUGGGUUAGAUGCAUGCUAACGAUGGCUACAGUUUCCAAUUAUAAUGUGAAAAACAAAGUGGUGAAGAAUUAUAUCCUUUUCAUCACCUACAAAUACAGUCACUACACUUUACAGUAAAAUUCUGUGAUGCGCUUU